CAAAGAUUUCAGAGCGCAUAUGCAAAUGCAACCCCUCCUCCUCCUCGAUCUGAUUCAUUCAUAAAUACGCCUCGGCUCGCUUCCUACGCCUCCCUUCCCUUCCCUCGCCGCCGCCUGCCAUUGCCGCGCUCAACCAAAGGUGGUAGUGUACGCGCGUCCAUGGAGUAGCCGUCGUGUUCUUGGGGUUUUGGGUGUGUCUGUGUGUGUUUGUUAGGCGAUGGAGGUGGUGGGAGAGCAAGAGCGGUCGUCGCCGUCCCCGGCCGCGUCGCCGGAGUUCGAGUUCUGGAUGGUGGGCAAGAACCCGGCCCCGUUCCAGUCCCCGGAGCUGCUCACCGCCGACGAGCUCUUCUCCGACGGCAUUGUGCUGCCGCUCCGCACGCUGCAGCAGGCGCCUGAGUCGGCCGAUGGCGACGGGGGUGGGGUGGAGGCGUCUGCUUUGGCGGAGGAGGUGGAGGUGGAGGCCGGGCAGAGGCUCGCGGAGUCCGGCCCGGCGCCGACGCCGGACCUGCCCGCGGUGACGUUCAAGUGGAAGGACAUCUUCAAGGCGACCGGCGGCGGCGGGGAGUCCAAGGACCGCAAGAAGAUGGAGCGGCGGGUCAGCAGCGUCGGCGGCAACGGCGAGCUCAUCAACAUCAACAUAUGGCCCUUCUCCCGGAGCCGCUCGGCCGGCCACUCCGCCGGCGCCGGCGCCGGGGCCUUGAGCCGCAACAAGUCGAAUCCCAACGCCAAUGCCAACGCCAACGCCAGUACUGCUCCUGCCGCCGCCGCCGCACCGGUCGCCGCCGCGGCGCCCGGGCCCGCGCGCAAGGUGAGCAGCGCCCCGUGCUCCCGGAGCAACUCCCGCGGAGAGACCUCCGCCGCCGCGCCGGCACCGGCACCGGCGUCCAUCGCCGCCGCCGCCGCCUGUGCGGCCGCCGCAACCGCCCCGGCGGCUCCGACUCCGCCGUCAGCGCCAGUGCCCGCCACCUCCAUGCUGAGGAGGCUAGUGCCCGGCCAGGGCCGCACAGGCCUCACCGUCACCGGCAUCCGUCUCGGCCGCGCCAGCCCCGUCUGGCAGCUCAGACGCAACAAGCUGCAGCAGCAAGGCGCCGCGGCCGAGCAGAAGCAGAGCACCAACGACACCGGCGCCGCCACCAAGAAGAAGCCCACCACCGACGCCGCCACCACAACCCAAGAAGUCGACGGCGACGACAAUGCCACGCCGACGCAGAGCGUGAGCACAGCAACAGCACCAGCACCAGCAACCACCGGUUGCCGGAACAACGCGAGCUGCUCGGAAGCCGGCGGCGAGGAAGUGAACCCGCCGCAGGGGCUGUUCGGCCUCCGGACCUUAUUCUCCAAGAAGGUGUACUGAUCGAUUGACCAUGUCGUUCGUUCGUUCGUUGGUUCACAUCUUUGUACAUACCAUUCGAGCUUAGCUGAGCUGAGCUGAGCUUGCUGCCUCAUUCGCAUCGAUCUCCUCCUCACUCUUCACUUCGAUUCAGCAACUAGCUUAGCUUUCUUUCUCUACUCAACUGUACGGCUACUAAUCUAUUACUACUGGCUAAGCUCAGCUGCUCAACUCGUUUAUUAUCCGUGUAAAACGGUAAUUAAUUAAGAAACGCUGGCAGCGGUGAAACAUUAGCUCAUGGGGUUGGUCGGCGAAUGAUGUGGGUGCAAAAGGCUGGGAAAGUGAGCUGCUUCUGCAGCGUUUGUCCCUUCGUCGUUGAUUCCAUCGUUCACAUCCUCUUUUAUUGUAGACUCGUAUUAAUCGUAAUAGCACUAAU